AAGGUACUCUGAUGGCUUUUGGAGCAAAUGUGCUGAGAUCUCAUUUUAGCUUUUAACUGUCGAUGAUAUAUGGAAAGAACCCAAGGAAAGACCGUCUACACCCAGUCAAUGGGUGAAAAUGACGUCAGGUGGAGAGGAGACAAAUGCAGAUGACAAAGGAAGUGCAUCUGCGUUCAUACUCAGCAGCGAGACGAGGGAGACCUUCAGAGGCGUACGGCGCACCGAGCCUGCCACAUCUACGCUUUUCUCCACCAUCAUGAUCAACACGUACAACAACAGCCUGCCGCCGCCUCCACCCGUGCCUCCACCCGUGCCUCCACGGGGGAGCCGCCAGCAGCCUCAGCCGGGGGCAGCGGACUCCAAGGGCCAAGUCAAGGGCCUCUACAUUCUCAUCUUUCUCCAGUUUUUGGUGACUUCAGGAAUGUUUUUCUACUUGUUCUGGAGCAACAACAGAGCAGGAGAUAUGCGAGAAGAGGCCGCAGCGAUGAAGAUGCUGCAGGAUUGUGGCAAAGGCAGCUUGGGACAUCAGUCAGUGCUGGAUUGUCUGAAGAUUUCACAGAGUGAAGGAGAAGGGGAAGCUCACUCCAGUGAUGGCCAGCUUAGUGCAUCCGGAGCCGCGGCCCACAUGAAGGUUGAGAAGCCCUCUCCGCUAUCAGCAUAUGUUGAGAAGGAAGUCACACGUGAAUCCUGUAGAGUCCGGGAAGACGGGGCAUCUUCUCACAGUCACUGCUGCUGGGAAAUUUACCGGUCAGUUGUCAUUCCUGCUUCUAAGAGCAGUGUUCCACUCAUGCCUUUCGCAAUGUUCUUUGCCAACAGUGAAAGAGCUGCAAUGGGACCAGAAGGAAUCCAUUGUGAGGGACGUCGUCCACCUGUAUGGACGUGGCAUGCUGCAGAUCGGCCAGUCUGGAUACUACUACAUCUACUCACAAGUUACUUUCUCAAAAACACACCCCAAAACUCCCUUGGUCCAGACGGUAAUGAGCUGGAGUGGUUCUUCUGGCAAGGAAGAAGGGAGUCUCCUGAUGAAAGCCUUUUGCUACAAGAGCAGUGUGGAACAGUGUACAUCUUUCCAAGGAGGGGUUUUCAAACUGGAGAAAGGACAGAAGGUUUCCGUCAACGUCACAGACAAGGACCUCGUUCAUUUCGACGGGACUGCCACCGCGUUCGGAUUAUUCCAGCUACUACGGAUGCCUUAACGGGUCUGAAAUCACUGAUUCCGCUCAGCUCCAUGGAUGAUACUAAUCAGACACGCGAUCUGAAGCUUUGCUCCGGAAGAUGGCCCAAAAAAAUCCAGAGUUGUUAGAUAAGACCUGUAGAACACCAGUUACUAGGUCUGGAUGCAUCCCUUUAAAGUAGAGAUGCAGGAAGCAAAAAAGAAAUGUGACCCAUCACCACGGAAUGAGUCUUAAGUCGCACUGGUAAAAAAUACACCCAUAAGACUCAUUUCGUGGUGAUGGGUCACAUAUGUACACUGACCCAUAGUGGAGUUUACUUUUGUAUUUAAGUCAUAGCACUACAGAUCAGAUUUUAUCUUUAAGACUUGAGCUGGUGUGUAUUGAUUCAUGUUGCCUCUUGUUUCUUGUCACCACACCUUCCAGUGAAUGUACUGUACAGAAGAAGCUGGAACACCUAAGCUAGAAGUUAUAUCGUCUUUCAAAAAUUAUGACUACGUCAGGGGGGCCGUCCGGGGAAG